UCCUACAAUCUCAACAACCCUUAAUUUCGAUUCUUUCCAAAACCCAAAAGCUCCACUCUUAGGGUUCUUGCAAAUCAAAUUUAUCUAAUAUUUGAUUCUCCGAAUUGCUUUCAGCUUCUUUUAGCUUUACGGACUGAAUCACAUUUCCGGCGAUGGCUACAUUGGAUUCCGAAGUUCCCAUGGUUCCGACAGGCGAAGGCUCCAGCAGCGCCGGCCCUUCUUCGGUUAAGAAGCCGAAGCGAUUCGAGAUCAAGAAAUGGAAUGCUGUGGCUCUCUGGGCUUGGGAUAUUGUGGUGGAUAACUGUGCUAUUUGCAGGAACCAUAUCAUGGAUCUUUGCAUUGAGUGCCAGGCGAACCAGGCGAGCGCAACCAGCGAGGAAUGUACUGUUGCUUGGGGGGUUUGUAACCAUGCAUUUCACUUUCACUGCAUAAGCAGAUGGCUCAAGACCCGCCAAGUUUGUCCAUUAGAUAACAGCGAGUGGGAGUUUCAGAAGUAUGGUCACUAGAAGCUUCAAGUAUUGGAUGCUCUGUACACUGUCUGCUGUGCUGAUGCUGAGGCAGCCUUCUGCUAUUCCGCUUUCUUAUCCAAGUUAAUAUCUGAAUCAACUAACUAGAACCCUGGUAGUUCUGUAAAGCAAUAGGCUGGAAUUUCCUACUGCAUUGCAUUUGCUAUUUUACCUCUUACUCUUAGUUUACUGCUCUUUGAUUC